AACUGUGAUAAUGUGGCAUAGAUAAUAACAUAAAAACACAAGUGUACAAACGAAUUGGAUUUAAAUUUGUGUUAUUGUAAGAAUUAAGUAUUGAACUGUUGAUGGUUAUCUAAAAUGCGUUAUUUAAGUACUGUGCUCAAAAGGUUUUUUUCUUUUAAUACAUUGUUCAUAAUUUUGUUAAUAUGCCUACUUUUACUAUUAGUUUAUAAACCCGAAAUUAAAUUUGAAUCUAUUUACAAAAGUGAUAUGAAUCGGUGGAUGGAUGUGCGAUAUGAAAAUACUUACAGACUCAGUAAUUCUUAUAAUCAUGAACAAAUUGUCGAUUUAUAUUAUGAAAAGCGACAGAAUUGGAGAACAUCAAAUUUAGGAUCAAUUUUGUUUCAAAAUAACUCACGUGGUGCCAUUAAAUAUGCACAAGAAAGACAGAACCGAACAUUUGUAGUUUUAAUAUGGAAGUAUUGGAAAUGGCUGGUGAACCGCCACGUCAACAGUUUCAGUAGCAAACGAUUAAGCGAGCCUCUCACUGAUUGCAGUGUUAAGAACUGUAAAUUCACAGGGAAUGACGGAGAGUUGCUCACAGCCGAUGCUGUGGUUAUCCACAUACAACGCGGGCUAUUUCCGAAUGAAACUAAAAGGAACUCAAAGCAAAGAUGGAUAUUUUUGAGCGACGAGUCUCCGGUGCACUCGUUUUCAAUGGCGAAAAAUAUACCCGAGCUGGCACGGCUGGCUGAUGUUUUUAACUGGUCCAUGACAUACAGAAGCGAUUCCGACGUGCCUGUACCAUACGGCCGAACGAUACCCUUACAAAAGCCGAUAUUGAGUGGAAUAACAGCGGAUUCUUUGUCUACAUUGGUUCCGUAUUGGGAUAACAAACGUACGGAUAUAUUGGUUACAAUUCUUAUAUCAAAUUGUGGUGUAUCUAGAAGAAUGGAUUACUUGAAGCGCUUGGAGGAGUAUUUGACAGUUGAUGUGUAUGGAAAAUGUUCGUUGAAUCAUAAAAACAGCUGUCCUGGACAUUUCAGAGCAGAUUGCAAGUUGAUGUCGGAAUAUUUAUUCUAUUUAGUAUUCGAGAAUUCGCAAUGCGAUGAAUAUUUGACAGAGAAAUCGUUUUACCAUGCCUAUAGCAAAGGCGCGAUACCUGUGAUAAUGGGCCCCUCAAUAGACGUCUGUGAAAAGCUUUUGCCACCGGACUCGUUUUUACACGUAGACAGUUAUGAAAAUGCACAAAAAUUAGCAUACGACAUGAUCAAAAUAAGUCAAGACGAGACACUUCUUCUCAAAUAUCAUCGAUGGAGGAAUGACUUUGCAAUCGCUAAUGAACAUGGUUACUUUGGCUCGAAGUCUUACCACUUAUGCAGGAUAUGUGAAGCAUUGAAUUUUAAUGAUGACAAGGAAAAAGUGUACGACGAAAACAGUUUGAGACAAUUUUUAGACCCAUCUUUGUUAUGUCGCGAUUAAACAAAGUUUCAACCGCCUUUAGUUUUUGAGGAAAUUUAGAUCGACUGCAUUGGAAGUCAACUGAAAAUUGAUAAAUCUGUGGUGUAAAUGACAACCGAUUACGCUAUCUGUUUGCAGUCAGCGUGUAGUCUGCAAACAGUUCUAGUAGUGUGCAGAUAAAAUGCAGCUAGGAAAAUAAUGUACACUAUAACUGAAGUUUUAAUAGUAAUUAUAGUUACC